GGGCACUUUAAGGGCGGCUUCUGACGUCAUCGCUCGGCGCCGCGACAGCACCUGCCAGAUCCUGAGCGGGUGCGGAGGGGUACGGGGAUGGGACGUGAGGUGGCGGAAGGAUACAGCCCAGCUGAGCUCCUCUGAGAUGAGCGGCGAGGCCGCCCAGGGCCUGGAAGGCCGGGUCCGGAAAACACUGCGGAGGGUCUUCGGGUUUGAGACCUUCAAGACUUCCCUGCAGGAAAGCGCGACCAUGACUGUGGCGAGAGGCGAGAAGGAUGUCUUUGUAUGCAUGCCCACAGGGGCAGGGAAAUCCUUGUGCUACCAGCUUCCUGCAGUUCUGGCAGUGGGCAUCACCAUUGUCAUUUCACCUCUGAUUGCCCUGAUUCAGGAUCAAGUGGAUCACUUGCUGGCUCUGAAGAUCAAAGCCUGCUCUCUGAACUCCAAGCUUUCUGCCCAGGAAAAGAAGACCAUCCUGGCUGACUUGGCGAGUGAGAAGCCCCAAGUCAAGCUGCUGUACAUCACCCCGGAGAUGGCGGCCGCCUCUUCCUUCCAGCCUACACUGAACUCUCUGGUGUCCCGAAACCUCUUGUCCUACCUGAUAAUCGACGAAGCGCACUGUGUCUCCCAGUGGGGACACGAUUUCCGACCCGACUACCUGCGGCUGGGCACCUUGCGCACCCGCAUACCCAACACACCGUGUGUUGCGUUGACUGCCACGGCCACCAAGCAGGUCCAGGAGGACAUUGUGGCAGCACUGAAGCUAAAGCAGCCCCUUUCCACAUUUAAGACUCCUUGCUUCAGAUCUAACUUGUUCUAUGAUGUGCAGUUCAAAGAGCUCUUGACUGAUCCGUACACCAACUUGAAGGAUUUCUGUCUGAAGGCGCUUGAAGUGAAGAACAGCUCUGGGGUGUACUCGGGUUGUGGCAUCGUGUACUGCAGGAUGAGAGACGUGUGUGACCAGCUGGCUAUUGAACUGAGCUACCGCGGAGUGAAAGCCAAGGCGUAUCACGCAGGACUCAAGGCAGCCGACAGGACUUCAGUCCAGAAUGAAUGGAUGGAGGAGAAGAUUCCAGUUAUUGUUGCAACCAUCAGUUUUGGAAUGGGAGUAGACAAAGCGAACGUCAGAUUUGUUGCCCACUGGAAUAUUGCAAAGUCAAUGGCUGGGUAUUACCAAGAGUCUGGCAGAGCUGGGAGAGAUGGGAAACCAUCCUGCUGCCGCCUCUAUUACUCAAGGAAUGACCGGGAUCAAGUCAGCUUCCUGAUUAAGAAGGAGCUCGCUAACAUCCAGGAAAAAAAAGGCACCUUAAAAGAAUCUGACAAAGCUGUGAUGACAGCAUUUGAUGCCAUUGUGAACUUCUGCGAGGAGCUGGGAGACAGAAGUCUAAUCAGCAUGGGAUGGAAGCAUUUAGAUUCAAUGUGUCCACUCUGCAAAGUACUAGGUAUCUGUGAUCUUCACUGACCUUAGAAAGAGCUGAUGGUGCUUAGGAUGUUUCAGAAACAGGCUCAAAUUAUGGACAUACCCAAUCUAAAUGCAGAGUACCAACCGCAACAUGCAUUGUUCAGGUUUAGUUCAUGCCUUGUAAGCUGCAAUUGUACUAAUUGCUAUUCUGUGCUGGAUAACACAAAGUUGUAAUUUUGCCAGUAAGAGAGCAGCAUGUAUUCACUUACUGACAAUGGUCAACAUGUGUUCUGCUUUCAAGCCUGCAUUUUGUUUCAUUUUCCACACCUGUGUCUAGGGCAACUUUUUCAGUGUGAAUGUAACACGUGCUUCUUUUGUGAUGCCUUGGUGAGCUUGUUCUCUCCUUGUGGUCAUGUUUGGUAAGCAAAUCCUGUUUUUAUGGGGUUGCUCUGGGAGAAUUUGGCUUGUACUGAAGUAUGGCACAACACUGAGUAGCGCUGAGGCACUUGAAGGAGCACAUCUUUGCCUAAAGUCAAGGUGAUUCUGGGAAGUAGCUACUAGGAGGCUUCUUGCUGUAAGAGUUUGAUCCCCUUACUUGGCUAAGCAGCUCUGCUCCUUCUGGUGUGUGUGACCAGCUCACAGCAAGAGUGGCCAGGUGGCCGUUUGUGUCUUGGGGUUUGUAUGAACUGCAAGGCAGCUGUAUCUAUCUGGUUAGAUGCUACACUUGUCUUGGUAUCUAUUUCUCCUUGGUUCCUAGGCUGUUUAUCAGCAGAGUUAGUUGUGACACUCGUUUCUUGGGAUGAACACUAGUGCCAUAAGAUUGGGACUGGGAUCACUGAACUAAGCUUGCACAAGCCAGGAGCAGUCACAGGGCAUCCCAGGGAAGACACGACUGGGGCUCCAUCGAUCCAUUUGCAGCAUCUCCCACUUGGUGCCCGCUGUGAAAAGCCUGACUGUGAUCUGAAGUGAGGACCUACUGUAGAGCUACACUGCAGCACUGAGGCAGUAACGGAGCCAGGACAGAGAAAACAUUCUCCUUUGCUCAGAUUAACAGUAACGGAAGUAGGAUUUUACUGAGUACAUAAAAGAGAGAUUUCUGUGAGGGAAUAUCACUGACCUAAUUAAAAAUCAUGUCUCCCAUGUUUUUAAUUCCCUCUCUCAUCUCAGUACAUUCUUCUUACUGUAUAACAUGCCAUAUGCAUUCUAGAGUCACAUCUUGCAGCACCACUGACUGGCUUCCCUGCCAGGGGACUAAGAUGCUAUUUAAAGGAAUGCCACAUUGCGUUUCUUUUUUACAUUUUGAAUUAAUACAGUUCUAUUUGCUAUCCAAACAGUGAAAGCAAACCUGAAACUCUGACCUUGCAAGGUUCUAAAUAAGAACAAAUGAAGACAGACCUGCAUAAUGGCAAGCAAGUUUUUGCAUGGUAUAUUUAGGCUAUUGUCUGAGUAUGACAGGAGAACAAUGAUGUAAGCUGCUUUUAGAGAGUGGGUUUAGACAAAGCUUUUACUGGUCAGAGUUUCCUGUUGCCCACUUGCAAGAUGGAAAAAAAACCCAUGUAACUGCAGCAGCGGAAGCAUCUUUAUCAGUUUUAGGUGGUGACUGAUCCUUUGCCACCUCUAACCGGUGGUUUUUCUUGGAAGAUGAAAAUCAGGCAGAGAUGAGUUGACUUUGGUGUUUGGCUAGUCACACAGCUCCUGAAUACAGACAGCCUUAUGUACCAAGUUUGCUGUGGACUUGCAGAACAACUUGCUGGCAUUGGUGUGUUGCUCUUGAUGCAGGAAAGGUGCACGAGGAGAAAUAAUCCCCAGGGAGAAAAGAUCAGAAAGCUUUCUAUGAACAAUGCAAUGGAGUUGUAGCUGUGCUGAUUCUUGCUUAGCUGCAGGGCUCCAAGUACUACAUCUCAGCUUGGCUGUUUAUGUGCGACUCCGUCUGCGCCUUGGAGAUGAGCAGCACCCAAAGGUGCCAGCAAAUAAGAGGAGAAUGAUAAAGACAAAGCAGAAGAUGCAAAUCACCACUAGCCCUCCAAGAGCCCAGUCACUUGUCAUAAUCCGAUUCUUUAGGUCUUCCAGAACUGAAGACGCCUCCUGUACUUGUGACAUGCUGUCCUUCACCCUGCUGGAGGUAAACAGAGCAAUAUCAGAUGUUGGUGUGUCCUCUCAGUGCUCUGAGCCACAGUCCUGACACCAGUACAGGCACACAUGCUGCCUGUACCUGCAGGCAUCCCUCCUCCAAAACAGUCGCUCUUCACCAAAAUGGAAGCGUAAACCAGAAGUAAGAUAACUGAGAACAGUUUCAUAAUCAGAUCCACAGAGAAGAGGAAAGCUGCUGGCUUUACAGGAUUUUGUCAGUUGAGAUUUAUUUUAAAUAAUAUAGUAUUUCUCCCAGCAUGUUGAGUAUGAACCCCUCAUCUCUGUCAACUGUACAACCUACACAAGACAGACAAGUAUUCAGGGGGAGAACUUGCUUGAUACCGUUGGAAAGGUGUCUGAAAGGAAGUUGGGCACUUAAACUCUGAGAACACACUGGAGAUUAAAUGCAUGCUUAUUUAAAAACAAAGAGCCCCACCCACAAUAAGCAAAGAUCUUCAUGUAUAACUUGUUGCUCCCGUAUGGCUUAGAAUAGACUAGUUGUGUAGAAAAGGUCUCCUGUUAACAGUUUGCUUUAGUAACUUUCUUUACUUUGCAAUAGAAGCGUAAGUUUCCCUCUUAUGAUGUACUUAGGUUCAGCAAUGAUUUAAACUGGGAUGGAUUCUACACACUUGCUCUUUCACUGAUACUUUGCGUAAUGACAUGGCUAUCAGCUUUCUGAAGAACAUCCAGAAUCUCUUUGCAAGCAUCUUGUGGUUUUACUAAAGCUUCUUUGCUUCUCAAGGGAAAGGGUGGAUUAUUUCUUACACUUUCUCACAAGUAUGACUGUGCAGACAUAAUACAGGAAGACAUUAAUUAUUUUUGAAAAUUUGUUUGACUUGCUGCCCCUUACAUCUGUAUCCUUAAUACUGUAAGGAAUAGGAUUAACCAUGUAAAGCAUGUUUCAUCCUCAGCAGCUCACAUUUGACCAGGAACACAAGCUCAUACUUAAGUUUUAUGAAGGUUUUGCUUCUUUCUCAGAAGCCAAAUAUAUUCAGUUCCUGCUUUGUUUUCUGAACUGAUGGCAGAUCCCCAUGCCUGGUCUCUAACCAACAGGGACACAGGACAUGAAGGAUGUUCUGGAUAAAAGGAGGCAGCCUAGAUAUUAAUUCUGUAGAGCCAAAGGCAGAAACCCUAGGAAAGUUCCUGUCUCUUUCACUAAACACAGUUAAUCUCCCAAAAUAGGAGAGCUGUUUGUGAUUUUAUAAAUACCUGAAGCUGUUGAGUAGUAGGUGUUUCUUCUGGUGCCUCCUCUGCACCUCCUCCAAGAGAUCUCGGCCUGUGCUGAGGAACCCCCUGACUGCACCCGGAGACUUGUACCAUGGAAGUCACCUGUUCGUGCUGCCGUAAAUGAUUAACAGCUGACUUUCUGGCAAAGGUGUGGUUAAUCUAAUCAAAGGCCUUGAGCCUGGUUCAAAACACCUACUUCAGCCAUUGCUCAGGCAUUUCUUCCUCUCUAUGGCUUUAUCCCCUUGUGCACCUGUUCCAGUGCUUGUAAAGGCCCACUGUGUCCUGACUGGGGAAGGCUGCAGCUUGCGGUGAAGAGGAGAGGGCUUGUUUCCUGGAUCUGUACUGUGAGCUCCAGUAGGAGGCUGCUCUAUCUAAAAUGAGCCUGUGAACAAGACUGCCCUCCAGUCCAAACUUCACCUUGACAGCUCAGGUGGAUGAACUUGUUACUGAGCCUUGCACUGCUGUUAACUGCAAUAAAACUGACUCCCUCUUGCUUUCAUAACUGAAGAAGAUCAGAGGGGUGGUGCUGGAGAGAGGUGGGAGGGGAGAAGGAGGAGAGUAGGAUGUGCGAGGCUGCACACGUAAAAGGAAGCUUGUUUUCCAGAAGCCAAACAAAUCACUUUGAAACCAGGUGGAUAAUGUUACAGAACAGAAGCUAUUCCAUUAAGUCGUCAGUAAAACUUCAACCACUUUUGCUGGAGAGGGUGGCCUCACUGUCUCUUUUAGGUUCCUUAGAGAAAGAAACUAUUUCCACACAUGUCAUCAGGACUGAAGUUCCUUCUAGGCUCACUCAGGCUUUCACAACACGUACAGAAGUCGCUGUGUUUGAAGCAGUCUUGCUUUUGUCUGUGCUCCUCUGAAUCUGCCUCUGCUUUUGAAACAGAGAGGAUCCAUCCUCACUAGUGCUUAGGGUGUCCCAGGUCCCUUUAUGUGAGUAAUGAUUGAAGCCAAAACCACAAAACCUUGUGUGCAUGGUGAGCAGAGAGUGGCAUGUUCCUAGUCAACAGAAACUGAGGAGCUGGAAGAAGCUGGAGGUUUGCUGGGCAACUUUCAGCCCAACCUGAUCUGUCACAUGCAAGACCCCACCCCGCCCAGGCAAGCAACUGGCACAUCAAAAUACCAAGUACAAGAAUAGCCCAGCUGAGUACAGUGGUACAAAAUAGUACAAAGCAGAACAUUAGGCCUGUGAGGUCCAGGCAAGUGUGUAGAAAUCAGUCCAGGGCCCCUUCUCUAUGUAGUGGCUGCUCCUCUGCUCUUGAAAAGCCAUCCGAAUUCUUUAGAGAAUUGCUUAGUUUUCUCUCCCUCUCUUUUUUUAACAAGGCUGUGUUUAUUCUCUGUUUCUAAUUCAGGAACUAAACAGUGGCGGAGAUAAGACAGGAGCCAUUUCUCUUGUCCCCUUCCCUGGUAUCUGUCAGUGGUUUAACUUGUACCACCACUGGGAAACAUGUAUUUGUAGCUUUUCCUGUCUUAUAAGGCCUGGCAGCUUGUUCCUAGUGACAGCAAGCUGUCAGUCCUUGGGCUGUUUCCAGCCCGCCGAGCUCCCUCCCGACGGUUAGCACAGGCUGGUUCCGUGCUGCUGCAACACAUCUCAAUGGGAUUCUGUUAACUCCUGUGGCUGGUGCUGUCUAGCACAGGCGAGGAGAGAAAAUCAGCUCUGUUCUUGUGAUUUAACUGAGAUACAGAAACAUCUGUUGAGUCUGUCCCCUGCAAAAGAGGUUCUGAGACUUCCUUUGUCACCUUGAUUGUCACUUGUUUGUAAGUGAUGUGAGCAAAGACGUAAGUGACAGAGAGGUUAGUGUGACAUGUCUCUGAAUGUUGAUUAGAGUAAACUGAUGCCACGCUUGAGCUUAUCCUACCCUAAUAUAUUGGUUGGGAGUAAAAGCUUUGGGACAGCAUCAUAAAUGCCAGGGCUUUGUUAGUCUUGGUGUAACUGUGUGUGUACUCAUACUAGUGCAGUCUUCUGUUGGCACUUGGCAAGUUGGGGCUCAAAUAUUGACUUUCUAAGGAACAUCUCCAUCUUCUGCUGGAAAUGUUUUCAUUUUUAUUAAUUUAAAAGUAACACUAGCUGCUUGGGGAAUACUUUUAAAAUUAAUUUUUAGACUAUUCUCUCUGUCGCUGGCUGCAGAUUUAUUCUAAUGUGCCGCUGUACAAAAAUGCAGAACACCUAAAUCUAGUUUAGUUGCAAAAAUUAAAGUGCAUUAAAUAAAUAAGAAGCUACUGAUGUAAUGUGCUUGUUACUAAUUUGGGUGCAGGUACUGGAGGAAGCUUCUUUAGAAAGUUUUUGUUUUUGUUUUCCCUUCUGAAGUAUGAAAAAUAUUUAAAAGCCCAUUGUUCUAAACUUGAUUAUACUUCUCUGUGUAGGUAGAUGUUGACUCUGGUAUAUAUAUGUGUAAUCCCUUUGACACCUCUACAUGUAGCAGCUGGAACACAAGGGUAAAAUAUGACUUACCUAUACACAUGUAACUUUUUAUACCUUCUCAUAAAGGUGGUUGUUUUCACAUUAGGGGCUCAGAGCCCAGUACAGUGGUAGGUGCAGGAUGAUGGUCUCUCUGGCUGUCCCAGUUAUGAAAGUCGCGGCCUGCGCCACAGCCUCGCACUUACAUAAAUCCCUUCCUGAAGUUCACUGAAGUGUAAACCAAACGUACACAGUGGCUGCAGCAUGAAAAGGGGAUUUAUUUGCACUUGUUAACUUCAGCCGGACAGCGUGUUCUUGUCUCCGCUUUGUCACAAUGUCCGCUGCCAGCUGCUGCGUGCACACCCUGCAGCAAGGGUUCCCGCACCGCACUCAGUCCUCUGCAAUGCCGCUGUGUAUGCCGAUGAACAUACCUUAGGCACAAUGUUUAUGUCCACUAAAAUAAACUGCACACAGUGCAGGGAGUCAGGCACACGGGUCCCGCCAGUAAGGAUUGGGGUUUGUUUCAUCUCCUGUAACUCCUGUGUUCUGUAAGGAAAAUUCACCUGCAAUAUGCAGAAGGGCAGAACCGAAUGCCAUGCCAGGGGGGAGGGAGCGAGCAUGUUUACCAGGAGAAUGAUCAAAUGAAACCAUGAUGUUGGUGAGUCUUUCCCUUUUGCCUUCAUCAUUCUGUUUACCAAGGGUAUUGCACACAGUCUGAUUUUUCUCUUUGGGAAUUUCACAUCAUGGUAGCACUGAUGAAAUACAGCAGGGAGGAUUUGUUACCAGCUCGACUCGGAGCCUCAGCUGGCAUGUCUGGAUCAGAAGGUCCACAAUUUGUUGUCUUCAGCAGAUGAAUGUGUCCCUUGCAGGUGGCUUCUAAGAGAGCAGGUUUUCCUGCUCACAGUGGGAAUCCUUGGCUGGCCCAGCUGCAGGGCUGCCAUUGGGAAAGUGUGUCUGUUUUUUAGCAGCGUGUGUCCACGCAUCCCCACCCACCUCCCAGAAGAGGGAAGACAGUGAUGGUGAGGUAGCGUUACCUUCCUGAUCGCACCACGGAGCUCAGCACUGGCUGUCGCAGAAAGAAGGAAUUCCAUCCUGGGAUUUCUGGUCCUCUGAGUCAUGUUAAUUAAUAUUGUUGUUGCCAUUUUCAGGGAGCUAGUGCAGAAGGUCAUUCUCAUAGGACUGAAUCAUAAUGUCCAUGUAUGUCCUUGAUGGUAGGUUGUGUCAGCUCUUGUUGCACUUCAUGAAUGGGCAGCUGGGCGGACUUGGAUCUUCCUCCGUCUGUGGUCGGGACGUCCAUCGCAGCCACAGCAGCUGUAGCAGCAGCAACUGCAGGCAAUGAUCAUGAGCACCAGAACAGUAACUGGAAAGGGAAGCAAAGAAUUUUGCUUCGUGACAUAGGAGUAAUUACUGGAGAGUAACCCUAUGUCUCCUCCAAGUCAUUUGGUGAGCAGAAGAGUGGACAAAGCCUGGUUUCUUGCUGGGUUGUUUUUUUUUCAUAUAUCCCCGCCUCCCUCCUCCUAAGUUCCUGCUCCUUUAUAUUAGUUAUCCAUUUACUCUGGACAAUCAUUACUGGAUAUUUCAUGACCUUAAGAGCUAUGUACCAAACCAGGUAGGGGUGUAUCUUUACCUGCCUAAUGGCCUGUUGGUUUGGAGAUGUCACGCAGUAACUGAGCUGUGUGCCUGGAGAGGAUGGAGAUCCCACUCUCCCCACAGUUAUGUCAAAAGCAACUCGAGAGAAUUUGAUUAGUCAAACUGGCAGUUGCAUCUCUGAAGAGUGUGUGCAGUGUACCCUUCAAUGAGGAUGGAUAUUCAUGGCUAGGUUGGCUUUACUCUUUCUCCUGUAUUUAGCUUGAAAACAAUAGGUACUUCAAAUACAGGGGUUUGUUUCACAAAGCAGUGGACUAACUUACUGUUAUUCUACACUAGGCUUAAUGGUUGGUGUUGGGAGAGAUAUGUUUCUCUGGAAUAGAAAAGGGUGGCAUGUUUAAUCCUGCAAAACACAUAAGAGUGCGUGAACGUGCAGGUGUGCGUGCAUGUGUUCCUUAAAUGUCUGGAGCUGGACUGCCAGGUUGCCGGACCUGUAGGGAACCAGCUGUAGCUAUGAAAAAAAUAAAGCAGCAGGUGUGUCUUUCUGAAUUCCAGCCCAGGGAGGAGUGUCCAUGCUGGAUCCACACCCUUCCUUUUGGCUGGGAGCAAAGUGCACCUCUUGGAGGGGGCAGGCCUGCCUUCCUGCUUCUUUUCACAUUGUCUAAACAAACUUCAUCCCCCUUGAUCAAGCAGCUCUUUGUUAUUCCUUCCAUGCCAUCCCCACACAGAGCGGCAGGAGGGAUCUUGCCGUUUCCAGAGGAGAAUAAAUAGGCUCAUCUGAAGCACGCUGGCUUCCACUGAACUAAGCACCUGAAUGACACUCAGUCUCAGACUUUAAGGUCUUCUGUGGCAGUGAGAUGCCCUAAUGCCAUUUGUCAUACAUUAUCUCCUAUGCAUCAAAACUCAGCAGCUCAGGGACAGUUAAAAUAUUGGUGUUUAAACUAAUGCUUAAAUAUGAGAGCUUUGAGGAGAGCUGUACUGUUGCCUAUCGUGCUCUUUAUUUAUGUAGAGAUGCACACCGAGUAUUAAAAAAUUACCUCAAAAUUAAACAAGGCCUCAAAGCAAAGCCUGGAAAACAACUGCCAACAGCACCAACCCACCAACAAAAAUUGUGGAGGAAGCUGCCCCCCUAGAAGAGACAUUCUGACACCCCUUUGCCUCUACCGAUAAACUCACCGAUAAACAGAAGAACCACACAAAAGGACACAAUCUCCACCGGCUCAGCCUUGGGCAGUCUCUGGAGCUUAAGGAGAAACCUCUCACCGAUGGCUUGCAUUUCCUUCAGAAAGCCUUCAGAAGACAUUCUGGUUCAACCUCUCCAGGCUUUAUGCUGUAGGAGAACCAAACAGAAUCAACCUUUUCACUGACUAAUGCUAGGAAGCUGCCAGCCUUCUUAUAGAGCUGGUGAUCACAAGGAAAACAAGUUUAUCUGGUCUCAGCCCUUGUUCCCAGUAGCUAAGGUGGAGGACUAUUAAUUGUCUACGUGUUUUGGCACUGUUUUAAUUUCAAAAUCUGGCUUUGAGGGCGCUUUUGUCAGCUGCACUGUGGAGCAAAGGCAAAACAGUGUUUCUUCUAAAAGGAGGCUUAUUUCAGCAGGCACAGAGCUAGGACUGGACAGUGCCUGCUCUUGGCUUCCACCCAAUGAAAGUAAUACAGUUGUGCUAACUUAUCGUUCCAGAAAAAUGCAAUUCCAACCCCAACUUGAAUUCCAAAUGCUGAGCUCCACUGGAACAUAGUUUUCAGUUGUUUUUACAGACCCCUUUGAAAACUUCCAUCACUUUCAGCUACAGAAAAUCCCUUCAAACACUGAGGCACUUACAUCAACACCUCAAUACAAUACUACAGUACCAUUAAUGUUUUAUCAUCCAGUAUUACUGAAUGGUGAUAUUAAGAGCUAAAGUCUGUGUUCGCUUGGGAUAGCUGGAUGCUUUUCAAGUCCUUACAGAUGACUGCAAGCUUUGUAUGGUAUGCUAAAUGUAGUAGAACAGUCUGUUCUAACGGAGCAAUAUAUGAAUUGAAUAGCGGAUGUCCAGACAUCACUGCUGGUGAGAAGCAGAGCAGAAGCCCCUGGAGCUCCUGGGGAGCUAAUCCCUCCCUAAUCUUACACCUUCUUUAUUCUCAGAAAGAAUCACCAGAACUAUUGUUACUGAAAAUACGAGCCUAGUCAAAGUUAGGUGCCUCAGUUUUGCCACCAAUACUUGCUGUUCUUUUCCCCUGUGAGCAAAAUUUUGGAAGGCAUUGCAACAAAGUUGCAUGAGAGCUAUGGAAGUUGAAAUUUUGCUUCAGUCAGUAACCAGAGUAAGAUAUUGUUGAGAAAUAUCCAUAGUUUUGCUUGAAACAAGUGUUUGGACAGGUCAGCACUUGGAUUAUAACUCUUAUGUCAUGAUUAUAUCAGAAUGUACUAGCUUGUAAUAGUCAACACUGUAUUACGGAACUUGAACAUUGCAAUUGAACAUCCAGGUCUUGGUGAUACCACAAAGCCAAGUGACAAAGACAGUACUUCCAGAAUAAGCCAGCAAGUCCAUUACUGCACAUCUGGUUUGGUUACCCAAACAAAUGGAUGCUUGGAGUUCAGUUUUUCCAAACACACUGAGGACAGAGAGACCUUGGCUGUUUCUUUGCAUGCUGGGCUUAAAUGCUACAGUGCCAAGUUAAAUUACAUUUUGUAUGUUUAUGCAGCUCAAAAAGGGUUUUCUUUGUUCUUUUAAAUCCAAGCUACGGAAUAAAAAUCGGAACCAGCUGGUUUCGUAGGAAUGGGAGUGGAUGGAAAAUCUGCAUCUACAGAAAAAUCUUGUGCAGCUUAGCAGGGAGGAAUAGCUGUGGCCUUUUGACUUGAAAAGGUCACUUUUGAGAGUAGGGUUAAAUAGUUCUUUGCUGUACCCCAAGUGAGUUGCUCCAGAAUUGCUGCUUUAUCCUUUGCACGGUGCUGCGGGAUUCUGCGUCAGCAAGUUUCCAGUUUUGUUGCCAUUCCAAGAGAUGGCAGCGCAGGCAGAGGUGAAGUGAUUUGUGUUUUGUGUUUUCUGCUCUUGGCUCAAGAAGAAAAACCUUU